AUGGCGGGGGUGAACGGUGACCGUAAAGGAAAAAAAGAUGACAACGGCCUCGGGACAGCCAUCGACUUCAUGCUCUCCAAUGCUAAGCUGGUGCUGGGGGUGGGUGGGGCGGCCAUGCUCGGCAUUGCGACGCUGGCUAUGAAACGAAUGUAUGACCGCGCCAUGAGCGCCCCCACCAGCCCCACCAAGAUGGAGAAAACUGGGAAGAGGAGCUGGGAGGAGCCUGCCUGGAUGGGGUCAUCCCCACGAGUACUGAACCACGACAUGAAGUUCACGGUCAGCAGGUCCCUCCAGUCGCUGCCCACUUCCUCACAUUCCUUUGAACCAGAUGGUCUGAGGAGAGCUGUGGGUCGCUCUGCCGCGGGACGAGGCGGCUCCGCCCAGUCCGACCUGCUGCGGGCUCGGAUGCGUCUCUCCCUGCAGGAACGCCUGUGGGACUUCUACCGGAACCGGGUCAACAUCUCUGCCGAGGAGCAGGCUCUGGCCAGGAAGGCGGCUCUGGACAUCUGCGCCGAGCUCAGGGUGUUUCUUCACGCCAAACUCCCGGACAUGCCGCUGCGGGAGAUGUACCUGAGUGGAAGUCUGUACGACGACCUGCAGGUGGUGACGGCGGACCACGCCCAGCUGAUGGUGCCUCUGGUCCUGGAGAAGAACCUGUGGUCGUCCAUUCCCGGGGAGGACACCAUCAUGAACGUUCCUGGGUUCUGGCUCGUCCGCAGGGAGAACCUGGAAUAUUUCCCAAGGAACAGCAGCUACUGGGACCGCUGCAUGGUGGGGGGUUACCUCUCCCCUAAAUCGCUCCUUGAGGUUUUCGACAAGCUGGUCUCCGGCUCCAUCAACUGGCCGGCCAUCGGGAGCGUCCUGGAUUACAUCAUCCGUCCCGUGGUUCCCUCUGAGACCCUGACCCUUGAGGUCCAGUAUGAGGCAAACCGGAGGCUUUAUGUGGACUUCCUGCCUUUGCUCGUGAUGGAAGACGGAACGUCGCUCAUCGCCAAACCGCACCGGCUCGCUGCGGAGCGCCACGAGAACCUGUGGCGGCAGAGCUUCCGCGUGGGUGAGACGGCGCGCCUCAGGGCACUGGAUCAGGAGGACGGCGGCUGCCGGUGCACCUGCCUGAAGGUGGCCAAGGCCGUAUGCAAGCUGGACCCCGCCCUGAACCGACUCAACUCCAGCCAGCUCACCAACGCCAUCCUGCUGCUGAGCCAAAAGGAAGGAGACUGGACGCAGGACGCGCUGGCUGACCGCUUCCUGCAGCUGCUGCGAGCUCUGGUGGAACACCUGGAGGCCGGGAGGCUGCCCUGCGCCCUCGCUCCUAAAGUCAAUCUGUUCUGCGAGCUGACCGAACAGGAAGUGGACGAACUGGGCUACACGCUCUACUGCGCCCUCUCAGAUCCCGAAGGGCUUCUCAGAACCGCAGAACCACACCUCCCCUAACAGGAAACCGGCGCUGAGACGGAAGCGUCGGGUUAAACAUUCAUCAGAAACAAAAACGCUGCAUGAGACGGGUCUCGUGUCGGGCCGGUCUGACUCUUCACAUCACAGCUGUUCGUAUCCAAACAUCUCAGAGGAGAGCGGAGGGACUUCUCAGAGCCGUUGCAUUAAACCGGACUGAGCAUGCUCAGUGGAGGGCAAACCAAGGCUUCAGAGCAUUUUAGUAACAAGUGUUCCAACGGGUUUGUGUCGCAGCACCAACAGACCAAAACGUGUGUGUGUGUGUGUGUGUGUGUGCCAACAGUACCGAGCUCUGGACCGGACUCAUAAUCCGGGUGGGUCUGCUUCCCCUCCGCCAUCCUUAAAGUUCUCCACUUCUAAAUCGAGUUUCGUUCAUAUUCUGGUCUCUUGGAUCGCGCGUGGGAGACGUGGCGUGUUUCAGGUAGCUGCAGUUGCGCGAGUCACCGUCAUGAGUAAAAAAUAGAAUGAAAUAUAGAACAAAAGAUGGACGACGGGAAACAAUUUUAAAAGAAUAAAAUGUGGAUAAUUGAAACCCCAGCCAAUGAGUAGCCUGACUUAGCCGUGGGGGUCAUGUGACGUCGCACACAGAGGCUCUGUUAUAAACUGGAGGUUUGUGGUUCCGUGUUCCCGUCGGUGCCGUGGAUCAGGAUCACGGGAAGAUCUGACGCUUCUGCUGGAGCUGUUCUGACCCGCUGGGUUGAAGCCGUUGGCGCUUCCUGAACAUCUUUUGUUGUGAAUCUAAGUCUUUAAACCAGUAUCUCACUGGGCUGUAACUGGUGGGGACGGCCUUAGGGCCUUUAUUCUUUACCUGCUCGGAUCCGUUGUCUUGGUGUGGUACGGCAGCACACGAGCGACCUAUCGUCUACGUACCGUACGUUAAGGCAAAUCCUUACAGGAAGUGCUGUAACUCGCCUGAAUCUGAUGGUAGCGGAGCCCCGAGUGCCUCCUGAUUUCCUGUCUCCAUCUUCUCAGUGAGGUUCUGGUUUUAACCCUACGGUCACUAAACCCCAGCAGGAGUCCGCCUUAAACCGCGAUGAACGGAUCGGUGCAGACGCGGCGCUCAGAGGAUCCUCGGUUACACAACAGUAGCUAUUUUAGCCAAAGUGUUCGUUAAAGCGUCUUAAACCAAGCUUGCCGAGUCGUAUUAAGUCAGCUGAAGCGCUGUGGAGCGUGUGUUGUCCAAAAGUAAUCUCAUGGCGGCUUUUCAUUGUCACUGUUAGCCUUAGAGAACGUCUCCUCAUUCCCCACCGCUCUGUUGGUUAAAGCUCAGACAUCUGAGUUGCUAGUGGGUCUAUUUAAAGAAUCAUUCAGAUCAAAGAUGACUAUUUUUGUAUUUAUUCUACAUUUGUAACCAAAAAGGCGUCUAUUUAUUUCCACUGAUGCAGCUGGAUGUGGCUCUGUGGUGACGUGUCCGUCUGAAGCGUCUUCCUUCGCUGAGCGAGUUAAAGCUACUGAAUACGAGAGGGGUCGCCGCGCCACGUUUGCAUCAAAGCCCCAAACGGAUCACUACGCCAACGUGUUCUAGCCGUCACCUUUGACCUUUGGUUGUAAUUAGCUCUGGACUUGAACAGUGUGGCACUUUGUGUAAUUAAAUGUUUAAAUUACUUUCUGUAUGCUUUAUUUUUAUUUUUUGGUUAUUUUUCUUUUACAGGAAAAUGUUUGAAAUCAUUCUAAUAAACAAUCCAUUAAAACA